AGUUUUCCGCACAAAUGGUCAUUUUCGAGAAUCUGCAGGGCAGUCACUGUUGGGAUUCGGCAAAUGAUGAAAAGUGCCGAAAGAUCAAUAGAUAAGGAUGUUGAAAGAGCUACCGGAAAUUUGAUGGAAACCAGUCCUGCUUUGUCAGUGAAUACUACUCAGUGGACAACAAGCAGGACAGGUAUUCGACGCCAUAGAAGACGCCGAAAUAAACCACCACCAGGUUAUGAUGAGUGGGACGAAGAAAAUAAGCAAUACUAUCAGGAUGUCACCAACGCUUUACGCCAAUGGAAAGCUACACGAAUACAAUGUCAACUGCGUCGUUUCACAAUCGGAUUUUGGAAAUAUCUUAAGUAUCAAUUAAAAGGACAUCCAAUGCAUGCUGCUGAAAUGAAAGAUUAUAAGAAUGCUAUGGAAAUAUUUGCUGCUUUAAGAGGAAGUCAAUCACUUGAUUAUGAUUAAUAUUAUACAUUAAAGAGAAGUAAAUGAAUGAAUAUAUGUCAG